AUGUUGACCUGGUUCCUGGUAGGAGCUGUCUUGGCUUCACCAUUGGGGAAACUUAACAAGACUGAAGGAUUAAGCUCAAAGCUCAAAGGCAUCGACUUUUCUCGCCUUGAGCCUAUUGAUCGUUACAAAAAGGACGAUCUUAGGUUUCCUCUUAAACCUAGCCUGUUUGCAGCUCCUGUGAUCGGACCCAGGCCUUCUGUGACUAGGCCCAACAUACGAAAGAAACCAGACACCGAAGAGAACGAACCAAAGUAUAACCAGACUCGCCAGUUUGACAACAAGACUGAGCAUGACGGCCACAUGGUUUUCUCACUCGACAAUAUGGAAGGUUCUGAGGAUGAAAAGGCUUUGAUCGAGGCGCUUCUUAAAAUCCUUAACGAGCCCCUGGAAGAGAUCGCAAAAGAAAAUCCCACCGGUCAUACUCAAAGUGUUGAAAACCCUUGGGUGAUGCCAUACCUGUGGCGUGACUCUAACAAAUUAUACAAGGGAGAAGAUAAGGACCAGGACAAGGAAUAUGAGGAGGAUGACAGCGACAGCGACAGCGACAGCGACAGUGGCAGCGACGACGAGGAAGAUGGAAGGAAGGACGAAAAGGAGGUAUCUAGAAUCGUUCAGAAGAGAGACGACAAGAAGGAGGAGAAGCCAUAUUUAUGGCCAGAACACAACAGACCAAAGGCCUCCAAGGAUGGCAAGUUCACAUACUUGUACUCCAGCGAAGGAAAACAAUACGCUGUUGCAAAUCCCCAACUACCGAUUCUACAGACUAAUCACCACGAGAAGGCCCAACAGGAGAGGGAGCAGAAAGUGGACAUCCUUCAAUAUGAGCUUCAGAAGGAAAUGGACACGAAACUACAGCAGGAGGAAAGGAGAUUGAAGCACGAGGAUGAGAUGAAGUUCAAUGCGUCAAAGCGCGAAAAUGGCGAAUGA